UUUCUUAUUGCAUUUGCCUUCUUUCAUUAUACUGAUAUGCUGUUUUGUUAUUAUUUGGUGAAGCUAAGAGUGUUGCUUUUGAUAAAACAGCUUUAAAGGAUUUGGUUUUUACAGUGGGGAAACACACAAAGAAUUUCAAACUGAUAAGCAGGGCCCCAGAUGCAGCAGACCCUAGUAGGAGACUAACGAGACAUCCCAGUCCUUCCUGAUGUGUUUGAGUUCUGUUGAAUGCUUCUGUGGGAGGGAAAGGAAGCUCAAUAGUUUUGAGGAAAAAGAGAAACUAUUGUCAGACAUUGCAAGAAAUAUUCCAGACAAUGAAGGAUUCAAGAAAAAUAAGGGCUGCAUUGUUCCUUUUUAUUGUAGAGUGAAGUGGGAUUUUUGCUGACCUAUCAUUUUCCAUUGUUUUGGUUUUUUGCAUCACUGGGCUCAUGCUAAGGGGUGUGGAAGGGGGGGUGUUGUCCUGUUUUUAGGGCAGAAUAAGCCUUUGCAUAGGCAAAGAGAGACCAAGUGGCUGAGUGGGCUUUGAAAGAGUAAUACAGAACAAGGAACUGGUGCCUGUGCCCUCACUGCCGAGCCCGCUGCUCUGAAGUGCUGAUUCCACGGCACCAGCCUCGUGUUCCUGUGGCAGUGUGGACCAUCUUCCACCUGCCAGCUCUGUGUGUGAGGCACAUUGCCCUGCUUCUGAGAAGACAGAUACUAAAUGGUAUUAACCCUGCUGAGCUGGCAGGGAAGCUCUCCCUGUAGCAGAGGUACACGCUGGGAUCCUCAUUGAGGUGUGCAUCAUUUUUGACUGAAUUACAGAGUCGGUACUCUUCUGUAUGGUUUUGUUUUGCUUGAGCUUCACAAAAGGAUGGGGGGAGAAAUUAAUCUGGUCAAGUCAAGUGUCCCUUAAGUUUCUCCACAGGGAAAGACAGAACUACUGUUUCUUUGGCACAGACCUUUUCUUUGUGUAAUUUUCUUAGAGACAUUCUGUCGCUAAUAGCUUGAGCUGAUUAACGCCUUAGUGUCUCCUACUGUGAAUACCAGUGGGGAUCAGCUUUCAUUUAAUUAGAUGAGGUAAAGCAGAGGGCUUGGAGGGAGACAGGUGGAUGUUUAUCAGAUGGAUGGAAGCUUAUUGUUCCAAAUCUUUGCUGUCACAGAACAUUUCCUGGCCGGGAUCUGCAUGCAUGGCAUGCCAUUCAUAUGCUAACUAGAGGCAUUUUGCUUCUUCUUACCUGGGCACCAGGGCACUGUUGAUACAGGAUCAAAUAAUUACUGUGGGAAAGCUUGGCCAGAGGGGGAGUUUGGAGGAACAGAGUGACCAGAUGAACCAGAGUUUUGAGAGUGGAACUUGUAGCUGUCCUUUGGUCAUGUAGUUUGCUCUGUUCUGUGUAAGGAAAAAGCACAUUGGAGUGACAUGUGCCAGGAAAGCACAGUAAACAUCUCUGGAAGUGAGCUGCAGUGUUCAGACUGCAGCUAAUUGUCACAGGCCAGUUUUUGAAAACAACUUAAUUCACAUGGGAAGUGUUUGAGGAUAGGUUUAGGAUCUGGAUUCUCAGAGGUAAGAACAACAGCCUUUCCUAGUGAUGGCAGGAAGUGCUUGUAUUUAUGUAACACAGGAUACUGGAGCUCAUAUGGCAGUACAAUACAGAAGGUGCUUUUCUUGGCCCAAGGGAGACAUUUAGUGUUAUGGUAAGAGGUGUGUUUCAAGUUCAGGAAAGAGCUAAUAAUGGAAGAAUAUCUGAUUUUUAUUUUUUUUAAUUUGACUUCAGAAGAAAUAUAAUCUCAUUGGUCUCUUAUUCCUCAUUCUUGCUCCCAGAUUCUGAUGCUUGGAGUUUUAUUGGAGCAUCUAUGCAAUUAGAAAAAAAAAACACAAAAUCCUUGUAAAGUGGUUCAAGUACACAAGAAAGAUGGUCAGAAAAUGUUAAAACCAGUGGUAUUUCAACAGCAUCAGAUUGUGUAAAGGCUGCAGUGGUGUAAAUGUUUUUCUCGGUUGUCCUGGACAAUGGAACCAAAUAAAACCAGUUUGGGUUUGUGGGGUUUUUUUUAAAUCUAAACAGUGGGAAGGCCUUUUUACUAGAUGAGUCUGUUCUGCGUCGUGCGACUUCCUGUGCAUCUUCCUGAGCGUCUUGCUGGGCUUAUGGAGCAGUUUAUCUGAGCGUUUCGGAAGCAGUUUGUGAGACUGGAGCACACUUUCCUGCUUUGGCUGCCAGUGCUGUGUGGGUUGUGUUCCCGGACACGCGGUGGGAAGCUGUCUCAGGGAAGCUGUGCAAUGCACAGAAUCCGCACCGCUGCCUUGCUCCCCGACAAUUCUCUUUCCCCGUUGUCCGGGCCAGCGGAUCUUUGGGAAGCUGAGCGCUGAUCCCCAGGAGUGCCCGACCCUCCCGGGGCAGCCCCUUAUCCCGCCGAGUUCAGGAGCCCUCCGCUCUUUCUUCCUUUGCGUUUGUGCUGCCCUGGCCCCUCCUCCGAAGGGGCCGGGGCCCUGCGGGAAGGAGCCGCCGAGCAGCGCCAGUGGCUGGAGGCGAGGCGGGGCAGAGCUAGGCCCGCGCCGCUUCCUUAAGGCUGGGACGGGCCGGCACCGCCCGGCGCAGCGAGCGGGAGCGCGGCCGGCCGGGAGCGGUGCCUGCGGCGGGAGGAAGGGUCGGUGUCGUAUUUUGGCGAUUGAAGGCGGAAAGCCGGGACGAAGGAGACUUCCCUGGGCAUCAGCUGCAACUCUCGUAGCAGAGAUUCAAGUGGGAAACAGAGAGGGAAUCCAGAGACAAACCAGCGGGGGAUUUAGGAACUGUGACGCCGUGUCCUCUCUCCUGUGCCGGAGCAAGCAAAGGAAAGAGAGGUAGAGGAAAAAAGACUGAGCCUUGCAACAGCCGUCACCCUGACGAUGUGUCAGUCAAACACCCUGCAGGGACCAGAGCUCCACACAGGGAAAUGGUGAGAUGCUACAAAGCUUUAUCUAACCCUCCACCCUCUUGCUACAACCUCCACAAAGUUAAAAUUCAUGUCCGGAGGCUGCGUUCAGGGAACGGCGGCAGCAGCAGCUGUGCCGGGGACCAGCACCCACAGCUGGAGAGUCCAGGCCCAGCUGGCUCUGCUGGUGGGACACCAAGUAGGAGAACUCGUUUCAGGUUGCAAUUCCCCCAGCUGGCCCUGAGGCGAAGGUUGGGCCAGCUGAGCUGUAUGUCUAGGCCUGCUCUGAAACUCCGUUCUUGGCCUCUGACUAUUCUCUAUUACCUUCUGCCUUUCGGUGCUCUUAAACCCUUGACCAGAGUGGGAUGGAGGCCUAUGAGCAGGGUUGCCCUGUACAAGUCGGUGCCAACGCGGCUGCUCUCCCGGGCUUGGGGUCGCCUGAACCAGGUGGAGCUGCCCACGUGGCUGCGCAAGCCGGUGUACAGCCUGUACAUCUGGACCUUCGGGGUGAACAUGAAGGAGGCAGCUGUGGAGGAUCUGCAUCACUACAGGAACCUCAGCGAGUUCUUCCGCAGGAAGCUGAAACCGCAGGCGCGGCCGGUGUGCUGUGUGCACAGUGUGAUUAGUCCCUCUGAUGGAAAGAUCCUUAAUUUUGGACAGGUAAAAAAUUGUGAAGUGGAGCAAGUAAAGGGGGUUACUUAUUCUCUGGAAUCUUUCUUGGGACCUCGCAUCUCCACAGAGGAAAUGCAUUUUAACCAGGCCCCACCUGGUAACUCUUUUCAGCAACAACUGGUCACAAAGGAGGGGAAUGAGCUCUACCACUGUGUAAUUUACCUUGCACCAGGGGAUUAUCACUGCUUCCACUCGCCCACGGACUGGACAGUGUCACACCGACGGCAUUUCCCAGGCUCUCUGAUGUCUGUCAAUCCUGGAGUUGCUCGCUGGAUCAAGGAACUGUUCUGCCACAAUGAACGGGUUGUUCUUACAGGUGACUGGAAACAUGGCUUCUUCUCAUUAACAGCUGUAGGAGCAACAAACGUGGGCUCCAUCCGCAUCUACUUCGACCAGGACUUGCACACGAACAGUCCAAGUUACUCUAAAGGUUCCUACAAUGACUUCAGCUUCAUAUCCAACAACAACAAGGAGGGAAUCCCCAUGAGGAAAGGGGAACAUUUAGGGGAAUUUAACUUAGGCUCUACGAUCGUACUAAUCUUUGAGGCACCCAAGGACUUCAGAUUCAACCUCAAAGCUGGACAGAAAAUCCGCUUUGGAGAAGCACUGGGCUCUCUAUAGGAACUGUCUCAGCAAGAAGAUUUUGUAUAAAAAGGGACUCUUUUCACACCAUUGAGUGUUUCACUUAUCAAGUUUGUAUCACUCAGCAGGACCUGGGUGAGGAGGAAGAUGUCACUGCUGCAUUAAACUUGAUAGUGUUUGGUCUACAUUUACCUGCUGCUGAAUGUAGAAACUGAAUUGAAUGAUCAUGGAUGUAUCGGGUACAGCUGCCUUUAAAGAUGUUGCCCAUGGUGGUUUCAGGCCCACCCUGUGCCUGUAGUCUUUCAUGUUCUCCCCUGAAUGUGCCACAGGAUAAUUAUGUUCUUAGAGCCUCUAAGUCCCUUUUAAGCCUUCCUAGGCAGGUGCAGUGGGAAAGGGUGGAGGUAGAGAUUACCUGUAUUUAAAGGGACACUGACAGGUGAGUCAGACCUUGUACCUCCUCUCUACAGUAUCUGUUUUUCAGACCUUGAGUAAAGAAUAUAUUCUCAUAUUUAUUUUAUUCUAAGAAACUCCACCCAAGUUGCUAGAUAAAAGCAGUCUCUGAAUUCACAGAUGGCCAAACAGUAAAAUUUGCUGGUGUGGCUUCAUGGCCCAAACAAAGCAAAAUGUGUAACAGUCAGUCAGUACAAUGAGUGACCCUCAUCCUGAGUUUUGUAGUGUUAGACAACUUUAGUUCUUUUGUCUGACAUUGUCCCUUUAAAAAUGGGCUUUGCACUGUAUUUUAAACCUGAAAAAGUGUCUACAUUCCAGACAACAGAACUUGUCAUAUUGAGAUUUUCUUUCUUUCUUUUAAGACAGACACAGCUCUGUGUCCUCUUCUUAAUCCAUUGUUUUGUUUGUUUUAUUUUGCUAUUCCAGGCCUUAAAGUUUUUGUCUUUAUGAAAGACAGUUAACUUCAUCUCUUGGAUUAAAGAGUUAGAAGACACAGGGCAUAGUUUUGCUGGGUGAUGUGAUGGCAACUAAAGUAUGCUUUUUCUUUCUGCUAUGUAUCUUGUUACUUUGUCACUAAAUUAUUGAAGAAUUAGUUCCUCUCUUAAAGGACAGCUUCAGCUACUUCAGGACCAAUUUUUAUUGUAGAGAGUGAAAUGCCCUAUGCCUAUGCACUGACUGUGUUUAAAAUAUUUAUGGCUCUUUAAAGAAACCCCAUGUUACUUCCCAGGUACCAAUCUGGCCCUCCCUUAACUGGGCAACAACUUCAUCUUAUUCAAAAUACAAAACAAAAAACCACACUGGCUCUGACUUGUACCCUCCUACUUAAUGCUAGGAAUGUGCUGGGGGCUGAAAUCUGUGCUGUAAAAUUUUAAAGCCUCUUUGUGACUUCACAUCAAGAAGAGUUAAAAUCUGACACCUUGGAUCUACUGCAUGUGGCACUGACAAAAACCACUGCCAGAGUGAAGAGGAAUUGAGUUUUAAAGCAAUGUAUAAAUUGUUUUUUGAGAAUAAACUGUUUCAAGUCCCAGCACUCAAACAUUUAGAACUGAUUUUGCUAUCCAGAGCUUGUUGGAGUGGACACGCUUAUGAAACCUGCCUUUGUGCUUUCUGAAAGAUUUCUCCUACUACUUCCUUGCUUGAGCUCUUUUCUGCUACUUCAAGGAGAUGAGAGGCUUUGACGAGCUCUGAUCUCCUAAAGAAACCCUUCUUUGUAUGCACUGCAGAAGAUAGAAUAUAAUUUUGUUGUACAAAUGUCCAGUUUGCCAAGUCCUGUAUGCUUAGCUUGUCAUCGGGAAGGAAGGGAUGACAGACUGCCUCUAAGUGAUGCAGCCCAGGCGUGAGUCAGAUGAGGGUGGCUGUUUGGGUGACAAGCAGGAGAAAAUUCAUUUGGCUCCAGGAGUCAGUGUUUCCUCACACAGGGAGGAGUUUGAAAGCUUGAAGUGGCUCUCAGCCACCUAUCUUGUAUAAUUCUUGGUAUUAGCAAGUUUACUCCUGCAGCAGUAUAGUAUCAGAUACAAGUCUUUUUAAAUCUUUGAGAGAGAGAAAAGAGUAAGGCAAAUAUCAGCACCAAGAGGAUAAAGUUAGAGUCAGCUUUCUGAUUAAAUGUCAAUGUCAUGUUAACAAGAGAAAGCAAAUUUGUUCCAGUAGAUGAGAGAAAAAGACAACUGAAUAUUUUCCUUCUUUUCCACUGAGGUCUGUGACAUCCAGACAGAGCCAAAGGAAGUUUAAGCUUUAAUUUCUUCCUACUUAGCAGCAUCAUCUAUAGUAUCUGAAGGUAAAUAUUAGCCUAGUGAUGGAGGAUGGGUUGCUUGAUGUUUGCUUUAUUAGAAAUCUCAGAAGAAAGAGAGGAUUCAGCAUGCAAGUGGCUGUUGUUAUGAUGGUUUUAAUACUGUGCAGAGCGAGCUAAUAAACCAACACUGCUUGUGAUGCAGGGGCCAGCAAUGCACCCCAGGAGUGAAAAAGUUCCUCAAGGGUACUGAUAAUGCUGUGAAUUUCUCCUGCAUGGAGAAUCCAUUUAAUUCAACUGUAUCAGUAGCACGGUAUUUUUGUACGUCAAAGUGUAUGACUUACUGACAUGAACUCAUUUAAUUGCAAACAUUUUGAAAUAAAGAGUCUUAUCUGUGUUGCUUA